AAAGAUCUCAGGCUCUUGAGAGAGAAACAAAGAAUAGCUAAAGAAAAUAAUCACCAAGAAAACUUCAGCUCAGAAAAUCCCUACAUUAACAAUAUGCAAAUAUCCUCUGAACCUACAGAAACAUCUCCUGCUAAAACCUCAGAAACUAGUAGUCAAAACACAGAUUCUUCAAAUAAAGAUAAUCUAGCAAAAACUACUACAGAAAUUGCUUCAGAAAAUGCAACAAAAGAAGCUGACAAAUCUUAUCUAACAAAAACUAAACGUAAGAAGAAAAAUAGUCCAAAAGAUGGUAGCUCUCCUUCAGAAUGA